AUGGACACUGUCCUCCAGGAGGCCCUGUGCGACAAGAACUGGGUUCACAACCCGGCCGAAUGGGGCAUCGCCUUCUUCAGCCCCAACCGGACCGGGUGGCUGGACCUGACGGUAGACAUGCACAACGCCCUCCGCGCCAACUUUUCCUGGAAGCAGAUCGGGCCGGCGACGAUGGAAGACGAGCCGUCUCGGAGCAACACCGCAGACACCGCGGCGUCUACCCUUGACCACAAGACCAAGACGGCAGUCACCAGAACCCGCAGGUUCGAGAUGGAGCUCACCCUGCUCAAGACGGGGCCCCACCAGCCCCCGGAGAUCAAGGGGCUGGUAGAGCGCGCGUUCCGGCCCAGGAGGCUGACUGUGCGGCUAUCCGAGGGCCGGUUCCCGCGGCAGCACCCUUACCUCGGGAUCGUGCAGGUCUUUGGGCGGCGGCUCGUCUUUGAGCCGUCUGUCUUUCCCGAUCUGGAGGACUGGACGAACGAGUACUCCAACAUGGUCACCGCCGGCAAGUUCCAUGAGUGGAAGUCGUUCUACAGCGGGGCGUUGGAGGACUUUGAGAUUCAGGAGCCGCUUGAGGAGGAUGAGGAUUAG